AUGCCCUCAGAUACAACAAAAGCGCUGAUACUGCUACUGGCAUUGCUGCACGCCAAGAGCUUGCCAGGAGUCUACACCCUCCGGUCCCUGUCCUACUUUAUCAAAGCCCGCAACUUGACCGAGCCAGCGAUCGGACUCCUCGAAGCCAGCAAGUACCAUUCCCGAGUCUGGUUCGACGAUCUCGACCUCAAUAUCCACCUCAACAACUCGUCCUACAACAAGAUGAUGGAUUACGCCCGGAUCCAGCUUUGCACCUUACUCUUCCCCGGAUGGCAACACCGACACAAGUUUGAUAUGUGUCUCGCCCAGACAGUUCUCUUCUUCAAGGCCGAGGUACCGAGGCUCAGCAAGUAUACGAUCACGAGCCGGAUCUUUGCGUGGGACGACAAGUGGAUCUGGAUGCAACAUCGGUUCUCGAUCAAACGCAAGACUCGGCCGGUUCGCAAGACGCUGGAGAUUGCGGCCGCUGUCGAGCAAGGAAUCGGCAACGGCGACGGUGCUGCCCCUGUCAGGGAUGAGGAUGUGGUUGUUGAGGAGGAGGACGAGGACGACAUCGACCCGAUCGACGCCAAGGCAUCAAAGAGCACCAUCAACAGUCUCUCUCAAGUCAACAUGGGUAGUCACCCCAAUGAUGCGAUUGCGGAUAUGCCGGACAAGCUGUGCUGUAUUGCGUACUCUAGGAUGGUGGCGAAGCACCCCAAAGGAAAGACGAUUGUACCGGUCAAUUUGUUUGAGAAGAUGGGCCACAAGGAGGCAUACCCGGGCGAGUGGGAGCAGUACCGGCAGUUGGGGAUGUCGUUGAUUGAGGGUAUGAUGAAGAUUGGUGAUCCUACUGCUGAUUUGCCUCCUGCACCUCGUCGUCUUGUCAAUCCUACCCGUGCCAGGAUCUAA